CAACAACAAUUGAAUGUACACCAACAAGAUAAUUUACAACCGCAAUUGCGUUUACAACAAAAACAUUUCCAACAACAAUUGAAUUUACAACAACAGAAUUUACAAGAGCUACAACAGAAUUCCAGACAGCAACAACAACAACAACAACACCAGCAACGGAACUCGCAACAGCAAUACCAAUUGCUCCAACAAAAACACAAACAACAACUAUUGCUGCCACAUCACUUCCGCAAGCUGCCAGAAUUUUUGCAUUAUUCGCUGCCUCAGCGCUGGCCACGUCCACAAACACGACAAGUGAAAACGCUUUCGAAGGCGACACGACCAAAUUACCAGGACGCGCUAUCUACCCGCCGCCGGCGACAACAGAAGCGUGACGCCACGUCGUUGCAGGUGAUUGGCAGCAGCGAUGCAGCGCGCACCAGAUACAGUUUGCUACCAACAAUGCGAAAUUUCCACACACUUGACAGUGACAACGCUGGUGACACCAUCAGCUCCAGUAGCCCUAGUAGUCCUGGUUCUCGCUCGGGUGGUUACAAAAGAAGCAUCAGCGAAAUUUUUGCCGACGACGCAAACGCACCAACACAAUACUCCUAUGUCCGGGUAUAUCCUUCGCCGCAUGUGUCACAUCUCAUCGAUGACAGCGUAAACGAAAUUGAUGACACGCAUAACAAUAUCGACGACAGCAAUGGUAGACAACAGCAGAGUGGCAGAAAUGGUAACAGCGGCGAUGAAGAGAAGCACGAUGACGGCAACAUCAGCCAUCGUGACGUGCAGCAGAAUUUCAUUCAAACUCUCAGCCAACCGACAGUCAAGUCGUACCAACUGCAUAACGGCGCACAUACAUUACCACCCAUCACCACCUCGGUACGUCACACACCCGCCAGCUCUGCGGCGCUCGCCGGUAUACCACUGGCCCGUCACGUUGAGGUGACCAAGCAUAUUGCAGCCGUCGAUUACGAACGCAUUCAUGUGCCUUACAAUCAGAGCGUACCCAUCCGCAUACCACAACCCAUUAUCACAGCCGUACCACGUCCUUAUGCUAUACGUGUGCCCGUUUCGAGGACUAUUGCCGUGCCGAAAGUGCAAGAGGUGCGCAUACCGAUUGAGAAGGUGAAACCGUUUCCCGUGGAACGUCCUGUGCCAUUCGUUGUUGAACGUCGCGUUCCGUAUAUGGUGGAAAAACAGGUGGCCAAACCUGUCUACUAUCCUUAUCCCGUUAAAGUGCCCAUCGUCAAGACCAUCGUACACAAGGUGACACGUCGCCCUCACACCUAUGCCACAUAUCAGGCACAUGCUAGCUCAUAUCCGAUAUCUCUAGGCCAAUACCACCUGCAACAGCCACACUUAGGCUCACAUACUUUGCCCUCAUCGGUGCAGUACACGCACUCUACGGAGCAUUUGGGUUGAAGGAAAGAAAGCAUCUUGUACACGCAUUUGUUAUGCCUCUUUCACUGGGAAUGCUGGCUUUGUGCGUAUAAGUAACUGACAUUUUAACAUAAGUUUAUG